GAGGAGAAGGAGGCAGUAAAGAAGAUGGAGAAGGAGGGAAUGAAUCUGAUUCAUCAAAUUUAUCAUCAAGUACUAUAACAGACGAUUCCGUUAGUACAGUGAUGGGAGAUAAUGGUAAUAGCAUUGAUGAUGAGAUGCUCGAAGAAUCAUUAUCAGAAGUCCUUUCGGAUGCAUUAACUGAAAAACAUUAUCAGAAACAACAGAUGAAGAAGACGAUGAAAUUAUAA